UCUGUGUGGCUUAUUUUGCGCCAUUUUGUCCGCACCACUCUGUUGAUUGGGUUUUUGAGAUCUGUAGUGGAGCCAAUCAGAAGGGUACCGGUCAACCGGAGAAACGGUAAAUUGCGCUUGCUCCAAGGGAAAUUGUAGCUGACAACACGGAUUGGUUUGUCAGUAACCAACCAAAUGACUAAUUCUGAAAAAUACAGAAAUCAAAUAGGUUAAUGCGAGAGGUAAGGAAGGAGAGAUGGAGCAAUACACAACUACAACCAGUGGUGAUCAGAUAGUGGUGCAAGCUGCAAAUGGGCAAAUUCAGCAGCAGGCUCAGGGCACCGUAACAGCAGUACAGCUGCAAACAGAAGCACCCAUCACUACGGCUACAGGCCAUCAAGUGCAGACGCUCCAGGUAGUCCAGGGUCAGCCGCUGAUGGUCCAGGUGAGUGGCGGGCAGCUGAUUACAUCCUCAGGUCAGCCCAUCAUGGUACAGGCCAUGUCUGGAGCUCAGGGCCAGACAAUCAUGCAGGUGCCCAUGUCUGGAGCACAAGGCCUUCAGCAGAUCCAGUUGGUUCAGCCGGGACAGAUUCAGUUGCAGGGUGGUCAAACUCUGCAGCUGCAGGGCCAGCAGGGUCAGACUCAACAGAUCAUCAUACAGCAGCCCCAGACUGCCAUUACCGCAGGCCAGAAUCAGGGGCAGCAGAUUACUGUUCAUGGACAGCAGGUUGCUCAAACAGCUGAAGGACAGACCAUUGUAUACCAGCCUGUGAACGCUGAUGGCACAGUUCUGCAGCAAGGCAUGAUCACCAUCCCAGCAGGCAGCCUGGCAGGCACUCAGAUCGUCCAGGCAGCAGGGGCCGCGAACACCUCCACAACCAACAGCGGGCAGGGCACAGUUACCGUUACUCUGCCAGUAUCUGGAAACAUGGUGAACGCUGGGGGAAUGGUCAUGGUAAGACCUCCCCAUGAGAUGGUGCCGGGUGGUGGUGCUGUGCCAGCCAUCCAACGAAUUCCACUGCCAGGGGCCGAGAUGCUCGAAGAGGAGCCGCUGUAUGUCAAUGCCAAGCAAUAUCACCGUAUCUUAAAGAGACGCCAAGCUCGUGCCAAGUUAGAGGCAGAGGGCAAGAUCCCUAAAGAAAGAAGGAAAUAUCUUCACGAGUCACGCCACAGACAUGCCAUGCAGCGGAUGCGUGGUGACGGGGGGCGCUUCUUCUCACCUAAAGAGAAAGAAGAAAUGGCUUUGGCCAUGCAGGUGAGAGCGCAAGGCCAUGCCAAGCAGGAAGACCUAUGCAAUGGCACCGAACUCGCGAGCUCACAUUGGCUGCCUGAGCACACUUCGCCCCUCACAUAGGCGCUCUUAUUUGCUCUCACUGAACUCCUUAGCAGAUUCAUUCUCGCUCCUUUCUUUGUGUUACAUGCUGUCUGUCAUUGGCUGCUCUCGCACGCAUCACCUCCUGCUUUUUCCUGUGCUUGUUGGCUGCUUGAGUCUGUCCCAUCAUGUCUCAUUGCUAGUUAAGCAUUCUUGUGUACAGACUGCAUGAUCUGCUAAAUCUGAUGUGUGGUGUUUUAUGACCUGUCUAUCUGAACUUGGAUUUCCUGAUUUGCCAUAUUAAACAAGAUGAUCUCAUGACGCAAUCAGGAAGAAAACACUGAAUUCUACUGAUGCAGCUCUUCAGGACUAAGAAUUGCUAAUGCAAUGUGAUUGACUUCAUAACGUGAUUAUCUAUUUGAUCCAAGUAAACUCUGUAAGUUUCAAUUAUGAAGUCACUACCUAAAAAAAAUAUGAUUUUUUUUUUUUGAGGUACCAGUUCAAAAGAAACGUGAUUUGUUUGGAUGUAUAUAUUUUAUGUUGUUUUCUACAUUGAUUUUUUGGAAGCAUUAUUGUUGUUUUUUGUUUGGAUUGGAUCUGGUUCUGUCCUUGUGCUUGGCUUUCAUACCUAUCCAGUGAUGUCACGGUGUUUUUUUUUUUUUUGUCAUGUUGUGAUUUUUAUUCUGAAUAAACACUCUGACUGACUGCCAAAAGGUUAACUGGCAAAACAAGUUUGAAACCAGAUUAAACUACUGUUAAAAAAAUAUAGAAUCAGUAAGUCUUUUUCUAUUUAUUUAUUUUUUAAUUCUUUUUUCUGAAAUAAAUACAAAUAAGUACUUUUAUUCAGCAAGGAUGCAUUAUAUUGAUCAAAAGUGACAGUAGAGACUUUUAAAAUGUCACAAAUUGUAUUUCACAUAAAUGCUGUUCUUUUCAACUAUUCAUCAAAUAAUCCUAAAAAAAUGUGUCAGUCUCUCAAAUGUAUUAAGCAGAACAAUUGUUUCAACAUUGAUAAGAAAUGUUUCCUGAUCACCAAAUCUACACAUUAGAAUGAUUUCUGAAGGAUUGUGUGACACUGCAGACUGGCGUAAUGGCUGCUGA